AUGUUGGCGUUUUUUCGCUUUCUCUCUCCUUUUUCUUUCUCUGGUUUUCUGAUUGGAUACAUCAUACACAGAAGACACACUGUUGUCACAAUACUGUCAUGUUCUGUGAUUAUUUCUCAAGUAAUGAAGAAAGUGCAACAACAACAACAACAACAACGGCGACGACGAGAUGAUGACGGCAAGGACGACGUCGAAGAUGAUGUAGAUGGUGAUGACGACGACGAAUGCGAAGACAACAAGAAGCUGAUGACAAAGACGAAAUCGAAGAUGAUGUCGACGGCGACGACGAGAAGGUGA